AAAGAAGCACCAAACCAAAGGAAGUGGAUAACAAAACAGUGAUUGAAAAAACAAAUAAAAAAAUCUGAUCUGCUUCUUUUCUGAGCGUACUGGGAGUUGCGACUGCGAGCGAGCGAGGAAGCAAAGAAAAAAUGGCGUCAUCGCGUCCCCCUCCGUCGAAAUCAGUGGAUCUGGACCUGACGAUCGUGUCGGCGAAGCACCUGAAGAACGUGAACUGGAAGAACGGCGAUCUGAAGGCAUACGUGGUGUUCUGGGUGGACCCUGAGCGGCGGCUGGCGACGAAAUCCGACGAGUCCGGGUCCACCUCCCCCGUCUGGAACGAGCGCUUCGCCCUCCCUCUCCCUCUCCCUCUCCCCCUCCACGACUCCUCCCUCACCCUCGAGAUAUUCCACUCCAAACCCUCCGACACCCCGAAACCCCUGGUGGCCACCCUCCGCCUCCCCCUCAAAGACCUCCACGACCUCCACGACUCCUCCCGCCUCCGCAAGUUCCCCCUCUCCCGCCCCUCCGGCCGUCCCCACGGCAAGAUCCACCUCAAACUCGGCCUCCUCCCCCGCCCCCAAUCCCUCGAUUACCCAAACCCUAACCCUAACACUAACCCUAACUUCCUCUGCUACCGAGGCUACUCCCCGCCCCCCCCUCCUUACUCUUCCUACACUUCUUACCCUGACUCCUAUGCUGGAUACUACCCCGGUUAUUAUUCUGGCGCCCCCCCCCCCCCCCCCCCCCCCCCCAGGCCCUUCUUUGACCGCUACGCUGGGCCCACUGGGCCUUCCGCCCCUCUCGACUAUUCCUCCGCCUACGACCCCAAGCCCAAGGGGGCUCCCAAAUUGGGCCUCGGUACUGGCCUCGCUGUUGGCGCUGUUGCUGGAGCCCUCGGCGGCCUCGCUCUCGAAGAGGGACUCAAAUACGAAGAGGACAGAAUCGCCGAGAGGGUCGAGAACGACGUCGCCCGCGACGAUUUCAGCGAUUACCGAGUAGAUUACUGAGUUUGAGGUUUGCAACUCUAAGGCUGUUUCGAUUCACUCUAAUGGUAUAUAGCUAUUUAUAUAUGUAUAUGUAUGUAGAUUACUGAAGUUGGUAUUGGAUUGAUGAAUGUAUCACCGCUGUAGUUUUUAUGUUUUGUUUCCUGCUUCUCAUGAUUUGCUACUGCUCUUUAAAUGAAAUAAAGUUGGUUUCACUUUAAGAUUGCAGCACUUGAGACGGGUUUUAAUUUUUAUGAUUGUGAUUUGUGAAGCUCGGUUUUCUUUUGGUUUUGAUUCAGAUUUGAAGCCUAGUUGUGUGAUUCUUGCUCUUUUAGUGCUAUGUGUAAUGGAUGAAUAGGGUUUAAAAGUA